AACGCGAACAGAAGAAAUUUUUUUGGCUGUGGACGACCCGACGUAACGAUUACAUACGACAAAUUAUGGGAUAUGAGCUACACACGAGUACCAGACUCUGACAGAGCGAACGCUUGGGUCACUACGAAGCUUGGAGACUUGCUACACAAUAUCCUUGUCCCCGGCUUACCCCACGCUAGAGCUUUUUUAGCUCAAUUAGUACAAGAGUUAUGUGAGUGUUCUCAGAGUGUGUGA